AUGCAGUACACGCCCUUUGCUUCCGAUAUUGAGCUGCCCUUCUAUACAUCUCUAGCCUCCCAUAAGAUCAACCAUGACAAGCUAGAUGACUCCGCCCGGGCAGUGCUGGGCUUAUAUGAGAUCCGCCCCUCGGAUCCCGAGGCCGCAUCAUGUCGAAUUCAAAUACACGGAAAUGCCCUCACUGGCAGCGAAGGACCCUCUGGCUACUACAGGGCCGAAGGCAUGAUCAAAAAUGUCAACACAGUCGAAGAAUAUCGAAACAUAGACAGGCCCCAGCUGCUUCACCAAGCUGGACAGACGGUUUGGGAUGCAAUCAAUGACGGAACCAUUUUCUCAUGUCCGUCCUUGCUGGCCAGCUUCAUUAUCGUGUCUUUUGCCGACCUCAAGAAAUACAAAUUCCAUUACUGGUUUGCUUUUCCGGCAAUUCACUCUGACCCCUCAUGGAUACCAGUGGGAACAGAUUCUGUUAACGGGAGGUACCUAUCCCCCCGUGAAAGCACCACCCUUGUGGAAUCCGUGGAGACUUGGUCCUAUGCUGUCGAUCAUCGGCAAAGAGGGUUCUUUUUAGCCCGGAAGACCAAGAGUAACAAUGGUCAAGGUAUCGAGAACGAGCUGGGCCUCAACUGGCAAAUAGCGUCACUUUCGGAAUACGAAAAUGGUUUUUUCAAUGACACGGCCGCUAAGGACCGUUAUGUUUGUUUUGCAGACCCGUCGAAUUAUGAACAGGCACCGGGGUGGAUGUUACGAAAUCUACUUGUUUUGGUCAGGCAGCGAUGGGGUCUCACUCAAGUACAAAUCCUACGGUACCGUGAUGUGCACUCGAAGCGUGAACAGGGUCGCAGCAUGGUCAUUCAUCUGAAAUCAAGCGGAAGACAAGAGGUGCAACCACCGAAAGCACCAAUCAAAGAAGUAUCGCCGUUGCCAAAGGUAACCGGAUGGGAACGCAACCCAGUAGGAAAGUUGUCGGGAAGAAAUGUUAAUCUCACGGAUUACAUGGAUCCUAAAAGAUUGGCUGACCAGUCGGUUGAUCUUAACCUCAAACUUAUCAAAUGGCGAAUCAGCCCGACUCUCAAUCUUGAGAAAAUCAAAGACACCAAAUGUCUUUUGCUCGGAGCUGGUACCCUCGGUAGCUAUGUGUCUCGAAACUUGCUAGGCUGGGGCGUGAAGAAAAUAACAUUUGUUGACAAUGGGUCCAUUUCAUUUUCUAACCCCGUUAGGCAACCUUUAUUCAAUUUUACGGAUUGCUUGAAUGGCGGAGCCCGAAAAGCACAUAGAGCAGCCGAAGCCCUGGCCGAAAUUUACCCCGGGGUGGAAUCCGAAGGCCACGCAACGUCGGUACCCAUGGCGGGUCACCCCAUUGUGGACGAAAAAGCAACAAAGGACGACUUUGAAACACUUAGGAAGUUGAUCAAUGACCAUGAUGCUAUUUUUCUUCUCAUGGACACACGGGAAUCACGAUGGCUACCAACGGUGAUGGGCAAAGCCGCAGGGAAGAUCGUCAUGAAUGCUGCCCUAGGCUUUGAUACAUUCGUUGUCAUGCGGCAUGGCAUGAAUGGUGGUAACACAUCGUCUGAACUUGGGUGCUAUUUCUGUAACGACGUUGUUGCACCAGCCAACUCGAUCAAGGACCAAUCUCUCGACCAACAGUGUACCGUGACCCGCCCAGGGGUAGCCCCCAUAGCAUCUGCACUCCUCGUGGAGCUUUUAGUCUCGCUUCUUCAACAUCCCCAAGGCGCUGCAGCACCAGCUCCGGUGGCGAAAAGCACCGAGAGCGAUGACCAUCCUCUGGGCAUUGUACCUCAUCAAAUUCGAGGAUUCUUAUCCACAUUUGAGAACUUAUCCGUCACUGGUCAGAGUUACCAAAGCUGCAGUGCAUGCUCGGAGAGAGUGAUUGGUGCAUAUCGGGAACAUGGAUGGGAUUUCGUACGAAAAGCCCUAAAUGAACCUGGCUACGUCGAGGAAUUGAGCGGUCUUAAAGAGGUUCAUGAGAAGGCGGAAGCAGCACUGGCGGAUAUCGAAUGGGAUGAUGCAUCUGAUAACGAAGAGAUCGAGAUCCUCUGA